UGGGUCGCUGUCCGGCUCCCUCCACGCCUGCCCCGCAGCGGCCCCUCCCGGGGACUCGCCCCCGCAGCCCGUCCCGACUCCAUCCCCGCCGGCCGGGCCGGGCAGGGCGCAGCGCGGCGCAGGGCAGGGGCCGGCCGGGCUCGCUGCCGUCUCCAGCCCGGGACAGGGGGUCGGGCGCUGCCUCCGGCCGGGAUGCCGAAGCCCCCGCUGCUGCUGCGGGGGAGCCGCCCCGGGGACAGCGAGCUGGGGCGGCAGUUCCGGGACUGGUGCCUCCGCACCUACGGGGACUCGGCCAAAACCAAGACGGUGACCCGGAGCAAGUACCAGCGCAUCGCCGAGGUGCUGCAGGGGGGAGCCGGCUCGGGCACCGGCUCCGGCGGGGGGGAGAAAGGCAAGUUCCAGUUCUGGGUCCGGUCCAAGGGCUUCCGGCUGGGAAGCGGCACCCGGGAGGCGGCGAAGAUGGGUCAAGUGGUGUAUGUGCCGGUGAAAACGGGAACGGGGGCAGAUGGACUGUCGGAGCCUGAGGGCAUCUCUCUGAAACGCGUUGCUGUGGUGGAAGAUUUCUUUGACAUCAUCUACUCGAUGCAUGUGGAGAGCUCAGCGGAGCCAGGCAAAGCACCCAAACAUGCUGGCCAGAAGAAAACCUAUCGAGCGAUUGCAGAGACCUAUGCUUUCCUUCCAAGAGAAGCUGUGACCAGAUUCCUGAUGAGUUGCACUGAGUGCCAGAAGAGGAUGCAUUUUAACUCCAAUGGACUGGAGCCCAAAGAAAAUGAGCCACCCUCCUCUUUGGUCUCUGGAAUCAUUGACUACAACAUGCCACUCACCUCCACCUAUCUGAAGCAAAUGAAGCUGCGGGUCAUGAAUUCACAGGAGCAGGAUGAGACAUCGGUGAGCAGCGAGGAUUUUGAUAUGAAUGACUCCACAUGGAUCUCGGCUGACCAGCAUCUUAACUCCAGUUUGAGCCCCAGUCAGGACGAGAGCAUGCGCAGCCCUCAGAAUCUCCACAGCCAGGAGGAUGAUGAUUCCUCAUCAGAGAGCUGCAGUGGGAACGGCUCCUCCACCCUGAACCCCUCCACCUCCAGCAGCACGCAGGGAGACAGCACCUUCCCAGAAAUGAACGGGAAUGGAACUGCUGCCCCCAUGGACUUCACUGCUUCGGCCGAGGACCAGCCCAUCAACCUGUGUGACAAGCUCCCGCCUGCCCAUGUCACUCCUUCCUACCAGUCAGACAGCUGUGCUGACGGGCUGCGGAGCCGGGUGAAGUACACAGCAAAGACUACAGCCGAGUCCCCUCCAUACAGUUCUGGCAGUUAUGACUCCAUCAAGACCGAGGUCAGUGGCUGUCCGGAGGACCUGACCGUUGGCAGAGCGCCCACAGCAGAUGAAGACGAUGAUGACCAUGACGACCAUGAAGAUAACGAUAAGAUAAAUGACUCAGAGGGGAUGGAUCCAGAGCGAUUAAAGGCCUUCAAUAUGUUUGUGCGCCUUUUUGUGGAUGAGAAUCUGGACCGAAUGGUUCCCAUCUCCAAGCAGCCCAAAGAGAAAAUCCAGGCGAUCAUUGAGUCCUGCAGCCGACAGUUCCCUGAGUUCCAGGAGAGAGCUCGCAAACGCAUUCGCACUUACCUCAAAUCCUGCCGCCGUAUGAAGAAGAACGGCAUGGAGAUGACCAGACCCACCCCACCACAUCUGACCUCAGCCAUGGCAGAAAAUAUCCUUGCAGCUGCAUGCGAGAGUGAAACACGGAAAGCAGCCAAGAGAAUGCGACUGGAGAUAUAUCAGACAUCCCAGGAUGAGCCGAUCGCCUUGGAUAAGCAGCACUCCAGAGAUUCCACAGCCAUCACGCACUCCUCCUAUUCACUGCCAGCUUCGUCUUACUCCCAGGAUCCGGUCUACAUCAACGGAAGCUUGAACUACAGUUACCGUGGCUAUGGGACCCUUGGAGGCAGCCUGCAGCCACCCACUUCACUGCAAACAGGGAACCACAGUAACGGUCCUACUGAUCUCAGCAUGAAAGGUGGGGCCUCAAGUACAGCCCCUUCUAACAGCACCAGCAGGGGGAUGCCAGCUGCUCAGCUCAGCCCCACAGAGAUCAGUGCAGUGCGGCAAUUGAUUGCCGGCUACCGAGAGUCAGCGGCUUUUCUUCUUCGGUCUGCAGAUGAACUGGAAAACCUCAUUUUACAGCAGAACUGACUCCUGGUGUCUGCGUAGCUCCUGGGGCAGAAGACAAUUUACACCCUUUGGAAACAGGCUCCCUCUGGUAUCCUGCUCAGGACUAACUAUCGUCCUCCCACCCAGUAGCUGGUACAUUUAGUUUUUAAAGGUGGAACCCUAGAACUGUUUUCUUUCACACUCCGAGCACCUGGGACUUGGGGCACAAGGACACAUUUUUGACUCUCUCAACACAGGUGCGCCUAGCUGAGCAGAAGAAGCCAAACCUACAGCUUGGAUGGGUGUGGGAUUUUUUUAGGGUGGAAGGGAGCCUGGGGAGGCUUGGGGCUGCAGAUGUAUUUAGAAUAACCUUUGUGGACCCCAACGUUAGAAUCCCAUCCCCAGAUAAUUACCUUUCAAGGUCUUAGGUGAGCAGAAUUGCAUAUUUAUUGAGAAAUGGACCAUCCUCUCCCCUUAGUAAUUUAUUUUUCUGAAAAUGGAUUCUUUUGAGUUUGUACAGAUUGCCAGUUUUGUGUCCGUCUGAUCAGAAGGAAUUUAUUCCUGUGAAAUAACACAUUCCAUAUCACUACACUACUAAUGGCUGAGCAGCUCCCCCCGCUGCUCCUGGGAGAGACCCCUUUGCACAGGAUGCACGUUGGCCAUCUAGCCCUAGAACUCCUAGGCUGCUCGGCCUCCUGCAAGCUUCGGCAGAAGCUGAACAACGAGGAGAGAGAGUCUUGUUAGACCUCUAAGCAGUCCUGUAGCAGCAGCAACGGGGUCCAAUAUCUCCUGCAGAGACUCAGCAAGCUCAGCAGACCUCCAACUGGAAGGACCUCUCACACUCAUUUAGCUCAGUGCAGAGCAAACCGGGAAAUUCCUGAGAACCACUGUCAUGCAUUCACCAUUCAUUUCUACCUCACACUUCAUUGUGGGCUUUUUCCAGGACUCCCCAGGGUUCUGAACAGUUCACCCCAUAAUGGGCAUGACUAUGAUGUGCAGCCAAGCCUGGGGAGCAGACACGUAGAUAACACUGAGGAGUCCCAACUAAGCCAGCAGCUGGACAACUGACCCAAGCUGGCUCCCUUUUUGUUCAGAAGAGAAGGAAGGACAUGCACUGCUGAUGGACAGCAGCUCCCUGUCACAAUGGAGGAUGUCUGACCUCUCCUCAAUGAGGAAUCCCAGGCUGUCUCCACCAGUAUAUGUGAAACCAGCGCUGGGGCAGCAGCAAGAGAAACACACGUGAAUAAUAAAGACUAGUGCAGACUUUUAGGGAGAAAAGUAAACUACUUCAGUGAAACAACCAGGUCAUUCCUACUCAAAAGGAAAGAAUUAGGAGAUUCUCAGCAGCAGAAAGGGUGGAAAUUCUCCCCAGGGCCCAGGCGUGUGCCCCCUUCCCCCAUCCCUCCCAGUAACAGUCCUGGGAAAAGCUCAUAAUUCCUAAAGUGUGGGGAAAAAUUGGCCUGAUUACCAUUGCUGUUUCUCCCCAACUCCCACCCUCCCAAAAACCAAAACCAAUGCACUUCCCUUUGCUCAGUGCAAUACCUACCACCAGUGCUGCUAAAACCAGGGCCUUUGCUCGGGCAUCGAGAUGCUGAGCAGGGCCAAGCAAUGCAACAUAGUCUGUAGCCAUAAAAAGCAGCAGAUAAUUGCUGCCUAAGAAUCUGUGAGAAGAAUUCUCACCCUCUCCCUUGUCAGUGCUGGCAGAAUUCUUCUCCUGGCCUCCUCUCUAGGGCAAGGACCACAAGCAGCAGCACCAGAUAGAUGAACAUCAUUAAAAUAAUUUUGAUCAUUUUAAAUGCAGGUGGCUUCCUUCUCUGAAGUUAGCUCCUUUUAGACCAAUGUAUUGAGAACUCACUUCAGUGAUGAAGGUUUCUGCUCUGCAGUGGUGGUCCACAUUGUCCCCGUCCCCAUCCCCCAUACUAGCACAUGGGUUUUACACUUUCAGGUAGCACAGGUUGGGCUCCAGCAGGGACUGAGCCUCAAAUGGUUUUUCAAGAACCUUUUUAACCAAAUUAGUUUCCAUUCAUACUAGUGGGAAAACUGCUGGCUAAAAAACAAGGCCCUAUCCCUUUUCUCAGCUGUAACGUAGACCAGACUUCUGGCUCUCUAGAACAGGACUGCCCAGCCUGGCCCUAACAGGGAUUAACUAGGCAUUGACUGCUUUCCCCAAAGCCUAAACUCUCCCCAGCUGCUGGAGAAAGGGGAUUUAAUUCCUGACCGUUUUCUACACUCAGACAGCCCUUGCAGGGAGAAGGUGGUGGUUUUGUUGUAAAUCAGAGUUGAUUCCCCUCAUUUCAACAUGAGCCAACAGGGUGGUUCUUUGGGAACAUUCUAACAUUUUGGUUCUUAGCAUAUAUGUACAAUAGACAAAAUCUGACCAACCUCCAGGGAGUGUGGGUCAGUAUCAGAGCUAAUGUAUCUGAGAACAGAAUGACCACACACAAGCCCAAAUUUCAGGUCCACACUUUCCCCAGCACUUCACGAGCCUGCUUGAUUUGUCCACGGCAUCCUCCCAUACUUUGAAUUUAUGUAAAUAUUUAUUUUUGUGCGUACAAUACCAUGAAGUAGCAAACCUUUUACAAAAUGUUAACCACAGUCAUUUGUGAAAGUCUUAAUGUUAAAGAGAGGCAGAGACAAUCGCUGUCCCAGAAUUCUCCAUAUAAAUUACUUAAUUGUUGCCUCCACUCCUUUUAAGAGGCCAUCAAGAACAUGUAGCCAUAAAUUGCCAGCCAAUUAACCAACAAAGACAUUGCCCAGGAGCUUCUUAUAACAGAUCAAUAUCAGAUACAGUUUGUUUAAAAUUGUAUUAUGCAAUGUCUAGCUGUUUUAACCAGAUCACCCUGGAACUUCGUGUUUAGUAGCUCUUCAUAUUUAAACCACUGGUAGAACACAGUUGAGACUUGUGAUUGCAUAGGAAGAAGAAUUGACAGUGUACUCUGUAACAUCAACUAAUGUUCGUAACCUGCAGCUGGAUGGCACAAAGAUUUCUGAAGCCCUGAUGACAGUAGUAUCUGUGACAAGUUGUGAAACAAAUGGGAUCCACUACAUAUUGGUGUCAGGGAAAGUUUUAUGUAAACUGCAUCUUUAGUUUCUUUGGAGCUAUCGCCAGAGAACAUCUCAGUGCUCUAACUGAUCCUUACUCGAUAGUGGUCCUUCUCUACUCAAAGGCUAUUUCACAGCCAUCUUCGUAAGUUUUCACUAGAUAUUAAAGGGUUAGGAAUCUCAAUUUACAAUUCUCAAUCAGAAGGAACAAGCAGGAGCAAAAUAUCCUGGCUUUCCAGGCUUUGUGAGAGACAAAAGGGGAGCACUGGGUUAGCAGAUGGUCUGGAAAACCAGUGAUGGAGAAGAUAAACCUCUCGUCUUAAACAUCACCACUACCACCACCACUUGUACACAGGGAAUGUUCAGUUCCCAAUGACAGUGUUUCAGCAAGGGAAGUGUUCACAGGAUUCCCAGCAGACGUGACCUGUACCUCCCCACUCCAAAGGGCCACCUUCUUCCCACAGGUGGCCAUAGGAUUUAGUACCAGUCAUUUACAAAAUGCUGCUUUGAACUCAGAGGGUUAAUAUACUUUUGAUUUGUAAUUUUUUGUAAAACUUUUUACAAGGUAGCAUCGUAUUUCACCAGAAUACCAACUACAAUCCGUCCAUGGUCUGAUUUUUAUAUCAUUUAGUGGUGCUUUAGAAACUUUUGUUUGGUUGUUUCAGAGCUGUACAGCUCAGUUCUUCGCCUGUAUCUACCUAAGACCAAUGUGAACCUUUGUAUUUUUGCUCCUAAUUUUGGACUCAGUGAAAGUGUACUGUUUACAUGUACAGAACUCCCAGCCCCUGUGUGUUCUGCAAGACCUGCUGUUGAAGAGGAAGAUGCACCUCACCCAGUUCAUCUGCUUAGCAAAGCCACAGAGACACUGACACAUACUCAACCACCUUAAAAACCACAAAACUGGGAUGUGCUGCAAGAGAUUUCAGCGUUUGCACAGCCUCACACACUUUUAAGUGAUCAAUUUUAAAAAUAGCUGUAGCUUAAAAUUUGAGAACUGAUCUGAGAGGGUGAGGUGACCGUAAACAGCCAGGACCCCAAACAGAAAUAGAACCAUAUGAUGGUUCUAUUUCACUGCCUUUCCUCCCUGACAUCCCAGGCAUGAAGAUGAACGCUACCUAGCUGACUUUAGGGGUCCAGUUGAGUCUAGAACAAUGCUCAAGCCUAGUGGAGGCCAGGGAGAAGGGGAAAACCCCUCUUUCCUUUAGCACAAUUGAACACAUUUUUACUGAUUCAUGAUUAAAUCAUCUAAGAUGUUAAUUUCAAAUAAAAAUGCUAGGAGAGUAUUCUCUCUAGAGACACCGGAGCUCCUAAAUGGAGUAGGAGGCAGCUUGUUUAGAAAGUUAGUACAUUGGGGCGGGAGGGGGGCGCGCUCAGAUACUGAGCAUAUGGCACUUAAACCACCAUGGAAAGAGAAUCCAGCUUCGAAGGGGACACUUUAUUGCUUAAUCAAUUGAUUAGUUUCUAAAUGAUAUUUUUGCAGAUAGGCACCUAUGCAACUUAAUGUGGCUCUUUUAAGCAGAUGAGCACUUCCUCCUCAAUAAGCUCUAUAAAAAUUUGUGUUAUAUACUGUGGAUUUUUCCAGUAAGUGUGGCUUAAUAUUUUAAUUCUUAGAAUGUGUGUCUAUUAUAUGUGAUGCAACUUAAUUCUGUUCUGUUUGUGGAAUGAUUAGCACAGGCCAACUCCCUGUCCCCCUCACUUAACAAAGACCAAUGAGCUGUUAAUCAAGCUGUUAUUUCCAUGGUAUUACUUGCUAAAUGCACUGAUUUCAUAAGUAUGUGGAAUCCUUUUUUUCUUUUGAAUCUGUAUAUCAUAUAUAAGACUGAAUCUACUUAAUAAACACUGUAUAACAAA